AAGAGUUGCCUUUGCGUCUCUGUUUCCACCGGUCUCGUGGGUACUGGAGAGAAGCAAGCUUGUCCGAUCUCCAGAUUUCACCGCAUCUGGGCUUUUACCUUCUCGGAAAGAUCUCCGGGUUAUGAGAUUGGCGUGAUGGGAGGAAGAUGGAUCGCGCCUUAUUUGUUUCUCACGCUUUUUGCGUGCUCUGUAUUUCAUAUACAUGCUUCCGAACCGUUGUUCUACGAAUCCUUUGACGAUUCAUUCGAGGGAAGAUGGAUCGUUUCUGAGAAGGAUGAGUACAAAGGUGUGUGGAAACACUCCAAUAGUGAUGGACAUGAAGAUCAUGGUCUUCUUGUUAGCGAGAACGCAAGGAAAUAUGGCAUAGUUAAAGAACUUGAAAAACCAGUCAACCUCAAGGAUGCAACUGUUGUCCUUCAGUAUGAAGUUCGUUUUCAAAAUGGCCUUGAAUGUGGUGGUGCUUAUCUGAAAUAUCUAAGACCGCAAGGUACUAAUUGGAUUCCCAAGGAUUUUGACAAUGAGUCGCCUUAUUCUAUUAUGUUUGGACCUGAUAAAUGUGGCUCUACUAACAAAGUCCAUUUCAUCCUCAAGCAUAAGAACCCCAAAAGUGGUGAAUAUGUAGAACACCACCUUAAAUACCCACCCUCUGUUCCAUCUGACAAACUUUCUCACGUCUAUACCGCCAUUCUUGAACCUAAUAAUGAUCUGCGGAUUUUAAUUGAUGGAGAGGAGAAGAAGAAGGCGAAUUUUCUUACAGGCGAUCAUUUUGAGCCUGCGAUAAUCCCACCCAAGACGAUUCCUGAUCCUGAGGAUAAAAAGCCGGAGGACUGGGAUGAGAGAGCGAAAAUUUCUGAUCCUGAUGCAGUAAAGCCUGAAGACUGGGAUGAAGAUGCUCCAGUCGAAAUUGAAGAUGGGGAUGCUGUUAAGCCUGAAGGAUGGUUGGAUGACGAACCAGAGGAAAUCGAUGACCCCGAAGCAUCAAAACCAGAAGAUUGGGAUGAUGAAGAGGAUGGAGAGUGGGAGGCACCAAAGAUUGACAAUCCAAAAUGUGCCACUGGACCUGGAUGUGGUGAGUGGAAGAGGCCGAUGAAAAGGAAUCCAGCUUACAAAGGAAAAUGGCAUGUUCCAUUGAUUGAUAAUCCAGAUUAUAAGGGCAUCUGGAAACCUCAAGAAAUACCAAAUCCAGAUUAUUUCGAUCUUGAGAAUCCUGAUUAUGAGCCCAUUGCUGCCAUUGGCAUUGAGAUAUGGACCAUGCAGGAUGGUUUACUGUUUGAUAACAUUUUAAUAGCUAACGAUGAGAUAGUGGCUAAGUCUUAUAGAGAGAAGACUUGGAAACCUAAGUUUGAUCUUGAAAAAGAAAAGCAGAAGGCUGAAGAAGCUGCCUCAAAUCUCCCUGUUAAACUUUCGAGUUACCAGAAAAAGGUGUUUGAUGUUCUCUACAAAAUAGCAGACAUUCCUUUCUUGAAGGCAUACAAGAUAAAAGUCAUUGAGGUCAUUGAGAAAGGUGAAAAACAGCCUAAUGUCACCAUUGGAAUCCUAGCAUCAAUCGUAGUGGUGAUCAUCACCAUCAUCCUCAGGAUUCUGCUUGGAGGAAAGAAACCUAUACCUCGUCAGGAAGAACCUGUAACUGGUUCAACUAGUACUCCGGCUGAGGAGAAAGAAGAUGAGAGGCCUGAGAGGAAGGAAGAAACCGAGAAAGAGGAAGAAAUUGAGAAAGAGGAACCAGGAGCUCUUCGCCCAAGAAGGUCUAGACGGGAGACUUAAUUGUGGGUUGUUUGAGGUAAAGAAUUAUCUCUAUUGUGAUCCAGUCACUAUGUUUCAGUGUUUCUUACCUUUAAAUUUUGAAAUUCUCAGCAUUAGUAGUUAGUUUAAGGUAUUCGAAGGUCAAAUAGCUAGUGAAGGAAUUAUUGUCGUAGGCAACAGGUACUUUUUAUUUAAUAGAUGUUUCUCUUGAAUUAUGCUUUAGUUACUGUAAGAACAUGUUAUUUUGGAUGUUCUAUUGAGUUUUCCAACUGGAAAAGUAGUCUUACAUUUCUUUGUUC